ACAUGCGAUGCCAGCACACUGUCUAUCUUGCGCGUAGGCCCCCUACUGGGAGUGUGAGGUGAAACGUGCUACUUUGGGAAGUCACAGUCAUCAAAAUCGUACCCAAUAUGUCAAAUAUAGAUGGAGACAACAUGGACGAUAUAUUACAGCGACAGCUGUUGAAUAGACUAAACGAAUAUGGAGAUAAUUUGCUUGAUGAGGAGGACAGUGACCAAAAGAAAUCCAAGAUUGAGAAGGUUAAAUCUAAAACCAAAGAGCAGUCUGUCAACUGGCACAAUGACCACACAAAUGCUGCUCCAAAUCCUUCAUUUUCCUCCUCGAACAAAACAAGAAAGAAGAAAAAAGGGAAGAAAAAACCAUCAGGCACCAGAUCAGAGGGAGAUGAGGAGUCGGCAAGGAAGAAGCAGGGCAGAGAGGUGAUGGAUUUUGAGGAGGAACUGAGACAGUUCAAAGAGGAAGAGUUGCAGAGACAAAGACUGAGAAAAGAGGCGGAGCAAAGGCAGGAGGGAGGAAAGACGAAGACACCUGCCCCAGAAGUGAUUGUGUUUGAAGAUCCAACCAGGCGGAAAAAGAAGAAGGUUGUUGAUCAAGAUGAAACCAACCCUAGCCAAGGGGAAUUCAAUCUCAAGAGAGCGCGUCUUGAAGUCAGGCAGUUUGGUCUGACGGGGUUCUCAUUUGAAGACAGGGAAAAGUGUGAAGCAGACCGUGCCAUUCAUCUGGGAGCAUGGGCACCAAAGCGAGAGUACGUCAAUUAUAAGGAAUACAUGGCCAUGCAAAAAAAGAAGAAAGAAGAGGAGAGACAUCAACGAGAGAUUGACCGCAAAAUGGGACUCAAAGUCUCCAAGAAGCCAACCACUGAAAAGACAAGAGUCAGGAAUCAAGGUUUCUGGAGGGACCCUAGCCAGGAUAAGAAGUUUUUCCUGGAUGGACAGGUGGGGCGUUACAAGCAAGGUGUGCAGGUGGUGGGUAAAGAUGACAUAGCGAGGGUCAAGACUACGUCCAAGAAGGGCAACAGGCCAGGCAGUACCAGGAAGAUCAAAUUAUGAACAGCUUUGUCCGUAGCUGUGAAACUCUCAGGGUCUUAGCUUCAUAUUGAUAACAUGAACCCCAGUGGGAACUGUGUUGCUCAGUGACAGCGGGGUUGUUCCAAACCUUGACUCACAUUUUAGCUUCAGCUUCAUGAAUUCAGUCCUGGGAAACAGAAAGAUGACAUUGUCCUAUGGAAAGUGAAGAUUGGAGGUUUUUUCAUUUGGUACUGAACGGUGUGGAAAUAAUUCCAGAGCAGUGAGGUAAAGCCGAAUCCACAGUGAAAACCAAGAUUUAUGAAAUGGCAAAGGGCAUGCAAAGAAACAUAACUUUUGUUGGUUUUAACAUCCACUGCUUGUGUGGCCAUCUUCGAGAAUGUGUUGUAAAGGCAGAUUCUAACUGAAUAAGAGAAAAUUAUGCUGGUUUCCAGUCCCUCUGCCCGUAUUAUAAAAUGAUUCUCAACAUUGAACGAAAAGUGAAAACCAGUCUACAGGUGAAGGCUCUUUUAUAUCUUAAUUUGGUGUGAUACAUGUACACCUAAGCCUUGCUUUAUCCAUUAUGUGAGUGCCUUAAACUGUUGCACCUACAUGGACAGUGUAUGUUCAACAAGAACUUGAAAUGUACAAUCCUGUUACUGGACAUCUCUGAUAUUUAAUUAAACUGGAGCCUGUGGAACUCUUGUCAGUGCGCAGGAUUUCAUAUAUCUUAAUAUUAAACUUUGAUCGUAUAGAAUGGGAAAUACCAGCCAUUGCAAGGGAUGGAACGGAUGGUUUGUUAACAAUGACCAUUUCCACGGUGUAAAUUGUACAAAUAAUGGCCAAUUUCUUAAAACAAAAUUGUUCAGCUUAGCACAAUGCUUGGAUUCAUUUUGAAAUAAAUGACCAUUUGUACACGUAACUGGCA